UUUAACUCGCUAUCGUUCGGUGUCCACAUAUCCCGCGGUUCGCUUGGAUCGAAAAAUCCCGUUCGAUCGCCGGAGACGCGCAGAAAUUGCGUGGGCUAAGAUCGGAGUCGGUUGAGACGAGGUAAUCACACACGGGUUUUCGGAAUACCCGCGCGUUACGGUAACGAAUCACCGGGUUAAGCUCAGUUUGAAUCCAAGUCGGCAGCUAGACUCCAGUAUAUUUAGCUGGGCCGUCUCUCGGGGUUAUUUUCGUUAGUGUGUCGCGUCGAGUCGGCCGUUCAGCUCUCGGACCGGGAACACUAUAAUAACGUAAGAACCGCACGGAGUACCGGCUCUUUCUAGUGCAUCUGGUAGCGUCUGCCUACCGCCGAAUCCCUAUGAAAUAGGAGCAGACUAAUUCCGUGUAUGCUAAAUGAAAAUGAAGUGAAAUGAAACAUUUGUGUUCGCGAACGCUACCCACUACUUUCUUAGCCGGGCCGGAGGUGAGCCGCGCGUAGCGUUAAACGAAAAGCGACGCGAUUAACGUCAGUUCGGGAAAAAUCUGGCUCACGGCGAUGAUCGGAUAUAAAAUGUCAAAAAGUCUGUCGAUUGAACCGGUCGAGUCGUGACUCCGCGAUCGCCUCCCUUCGUCGAAGUGUGCUUAUAAAAUAGUGACAAGGUGUUGUCGUUGUCAUUUUCAUUUCAUCGAUCGGGCGAUCGAUCGAACGGACAAUUUUUCCUCAAAUCGAACACGUGGUGUUGGAAGAAGCUGUGUCGAGUCGAGUGCUAACUGAAGAUCAUGUAGUACCGGUGUGAACGAAAAAAAAAAAAUAAUAAUUCUAGGUGGAAGUCGGGCGAUCCGAUUUCGGCUACCGAUGAACGAUUAUUUAUCCUUCGCAUUCGUCAUCGAGCGCGGAUACCGUAUACGGGCGAAGUUCUGGCAGACGGUGCGUGACGAAGUCGGUGAAGAAAAUCGAGAGAUUCCGAGCCACUCGUACGCGCGAGCGUCGCUUCGGUGAACGCACUCGAGAUGCUCGGUACGAAGUGGGUCAAUUUUCCGAUAUUCCUCGACCAUCGGAACGAUAUAUCCCUGCAACUAUAACGACAUCAUGUGAAAAUAUGAGAAUUAAUUUGAAGAAGAGGAAGAAAAAAAAAGAGGCAUGAAAGAAAAUGUAACGAAGUGCCGUGGGGGGAUAUUUGGGUAACGUGAGGUACAAAUCAUGGAACGACAAUCGUCGCGGCGUUGGCGCGGGAGUUACAGGAGACGUCGCAAGAAACCUUGGGCCGAACGAUUGGCGGAUUGGACCAGAAGUUUCAUAGCCUUUUUGUUCAGCAACGUCGGGAUCGUUUGUCUGGUGGUCGGCUACACGAUCGCCGGCGCUUUUAUAUUUAUCUCCAUAGAAGCGAACGCGGCCAAGUCAAAAUUCGACCCCAUCGGCACCAGAGACGAGACCGCCGCUCAACUUUGGGACCUGACUUUCAAGGAGAACAUCUUCUCCGAGGAACAGUGGAAAAUCGAGGUUGAACGGAUGUUGGAGAAGUACCAGAAGCUCGUCGUCGAUGCAGUAAACAACGACGGGUACAAAGGUGAAAUUCCAAAACUGGGAUGGACCUUCGCCGGAGCAUUUUUGUACUCGCUCACCGUCAUCACCACCAUCGGUUACGGAAAUAUUUCGCCGAGGACCGAAUGGGGAAAAGUGGCGACGAUAAUCUACGCCAUAGCAGGGAUGCCCUUGUUCCUUCUCUACCUGAGCAACAUCGGCGAUAUCCUGGCGAGGAGCUUCAAAUGGACGUACGCGAGGUGUUGCCUGUGCAGAUGUCGAAGGAAGCCCCGUCGGUCGGAACCACCGCCGCCUCGGACGAACGUCGUUCCCGUCGUCGCAAGAGACCAAUGGCAGAUGGUCAAGAUCCACGGCGGUGUGCUGGAAACGUCGAGCGUCGAUCAAGAGAGUUCGGGUGAUGACGGGGAGAGCGAGGACGACAGUGAGAGUAGCUACGAUCCGCAGCACGUGACGGUACCGCUGACCUUAUGUCUCGCCAUUAUGGUCGGGUACGUGUGCGCCGGAGCUCUGCUGUUCGCGGUAUGGGAAGACUGGGACUUCCUGGAGGGCUCGUACUUUUGCUUCAUAUCGCUAAGCACCAUUGGUUUCGGGGAUUACGUACCCAGCGAUCAAAUAUAUUCGAAGGAGGGUGUCGAGUUCUCAUUCGUCUUCUGUUCCAUGUAUCUCAUGCUUGGUAUGGCCAUGAUCGCGAUGUGCUUCAACUUGAUGCAAGAGGAGGUGAUAGCGAAAAUGCGCACGCUGGCUCGCACCGUGAGACACAUAUUCAGGUGCGAUAGGUGACACGGUGCAGAUCAGACACUCGAAGAAAAUUGUCAACCCUCGCCAAAAGCACAUAGCGCUGUACAGGGUACGACGACGGUAUAGCGGAGGUGGUGAGAUCAAAAGUGUGUUAAGUGGUGUUGAAUUGAAUGCGGUGGACGGGAGAGACGAGCAACGACGCGUCGGUAGCAGGGAAGAGCCCGAGGCAACAGGCGCUCGGCCACGACGAGGCGAAGGUCUUCGACGGUCCGGCCAGAGGUCUUCGGUCGGCAUGGCACCAUGAUAUUGACGCCGAGGUCACCUGCGCGCACCCCCUGCUGCAUGCCGAG